GACUUCCCCUGGGCUACAGGCCAAGAUGGAUGUGCACCUCAAUACUCCUGAGGGUCAGGAGAGCGCAAGCAACAGUGGCAAGGGGAGCAGCCGCACAGGAAACCAGCAAGAUGUUGCUAUGAGGACAGAUUCAUCCGAGAUGACUGAUGUGGAGUCCGUGGUCAACAAUUUUGCCUCUUCGGCCAGGACUGGCCGCCGGAAUGCCGUGCCGGACAUCCAGGGCUCAGCCGGGAUGGGCGGGUCCGCAGAGCUGCCCCUCAAACUGGAGGCCCUGUCCAUGAAGGAAGAUGUACAAAAGAAAAAUGAAGAAACAACACAAAGGCAAUUGGAAAAGCCGAAGAAAGAAGAAAAAUGAAGGCUCAAAAACUAUCAAAAGUACUGAAUUUCUGUACAUUGAAAGACUUAGUGGCUCUGCAUUCCUGAGAUAUUUGAUCUGGUAGUAACUAUGGUAACAUUGUAGCCCUAAACAACAUGUGUGUAUUAGACAAUUUUGUUGUGAUGCUACUCACUUAGAAUGCAACCAUGAUGUCCAGUGUGGGUUAUUAAAAAGCAUAUUACUUCCAAAUUGCACCCUAGGAAAAGGCUAAGAAUGUAUGGUCACUUAAAUCCGUAUCAUUAUCUAUAAACCCAACAAAAUCCACUGCUCUCUUUUGGAUUUACUUAGCCAGAUGUAUUUUUAAUUCCAUUUUUAUGGUAAUGGAUGACUUGUUUCUUAGUAAAUAUAAAGCAAACACCAUUCAUUUAAAAAUUAUUGGAAUUUCUAAGACAUUAUGGUUUUUUGGUAGGAAGGAAUAAUGGUCAAAAACACAGAGAGUGUUUGUUUUGUAACCAGAAAUACACCAUUUUUCCCCAAACCCUAAAAGGAUUUGGAAAAAUUACAGAAGUUGGACAACCUAAAUAUCUCUAGGAUGUUUUUGUU